CGAAUCACCGGCCGCCCCGCUGGCCCUGUGCGUCGCACCCGCAGCUUGGCUAAGAUGGCGGCGCCGUUCGCCCCGCUGGUGCUCUUGCUCGCCUUCGGCCGCCCGGUACUUUCCGGUGCGCAGGCCACGGAGGGCGCGGCGGCUGUGCCGCAUCGGCGCUUCGAGUACAAGUACAGCUUCAAGGGGCCACACUUGGUGCAGGCGGACGGCACGGUGCCGUUCUGGGUGCACACGGGCAAUGCCAUCCCAAGUGCAGAUCAGAUCCGUAUAACAACCUCCUUGAAAAGCCAGAAAGGCUCAGUGUGGACAAAAAACAAAUCAAUGGUUGAAUAUUGGGAAGUGGAAGUGACCUUUCGAGUAACAGGAAGAGGCCGCAUCGGAGCUGAUGGAUUGGCAAUCUGGUUUACAGAAGAGCAAGGCUUGGAAGGCCCUGUUUUUGGGGCAGCUGAUAAAUGGAAUGGUGUUGGAAUUUUCUUUGAUUCGUUUGAUAAUGAUGGAAAGAAAAACAAUCCUGGAGUAAUUGUUGUAGGCAACAAUGGAAAGCUGCUGUAUGACCAUCAGAAUGAUGGAUCCACACAAGCACUGGCAUCCUGUCAGAGGGACUUUCGGAACAAGCCCUAUCCUGUGCGAGUAAAGAUCACUUACUACCAAAAAACACUGACUGUAUUAAUUAAUAAUGGCUUUACUCCGGAUAAAGAGGACUAUGAAUUUUGUGCCAAAGUGGAGGAUAUGGUGUUGCCAUCACAAGGGUACUUUGGAAUAUCUGCAGCCACAGGGGGACUUGCAGAUGACCAUGAUGUGCUGUCAUUUCUGACCUUCCAGCUGACUGAGCCUGGAAAGGAAGCACCAACACCAGAUGCAGAAAUCCCUCAGAAAGAUAAAGAGAAGUAUCAAGAAGAGUUUGAACACUUUCAGCAAGAAUUGGAUAAGAAGAAGGAAGAAUUUCAAAGGGAACAUCCUGAUGUGCAAGGACAACCAGCAGCAGAUGAUGUUUUUGAAACUGUGAGUGAUCGUGAACUGAGGCAAAUCUUUGAGGGGCAGAAUCGAAUUCAUCUGGAAAUCAAACAGCUUAACAGGCAACUGGACAUGAUUCUGGAUGAGCAGAGAAAAUACGUCUCUGCAGUCAUAGAGGAGAUUGCCAAAAGAGGACUAGGGUUUCCAGGUCUGCAGGGACAGGUUUCCCAGCAAGAGAUACAGACAGUUGUGAAAACCCAAGCAGAGGUCGUUAGACAAGUAAAGGAAAUAAGAAGUUCUGUGACUGAUGCUCUGAGAUCCAUCAGUGGGGCUCAACACCCUGGCUCUGCAGGAGUCUACGAAACAACUCAGCACUUCAAUGACAUCAAAGAACAUCUUCACGUAGUAAAGAGGGACAUAGAGCAUUUAGUACAACGCAACACGCCAUCCAGUGAGAAACAGAAGUGUCCAGAGUUGCCACCAUUUCCAUCCUGCUUAUCUACAAUGCAUUUCUUCAUAUUUGUGGCAAUGCAAACUGUGUUAUUCAUUGGUUAUGUCAUGUAUAGGAGCCAACAAGAAGCAGCAGCCAAAAAGUUCUUUUGAUGACCUGUUCUGUUUGUGUGUACAUAACAGCAGUCUGUAUGCACAGAAAAUUCUAUACUUCUGUAAAUGAGGGAAAUUUUAGUGUUGGAUAUACUUCAAUAUUAUAAAUUAUUGAUUUUUU